AGGUAUUUAUAUCGAUUGGUAAACAAAAAACCUUACCAUUGCUUUGGUGACAAUCAUCAUAUCAUUAUGUACACCUGUCUACAGUCGGCAUACAAACAUUAUCCUUGUGGGCGCAACAGGUGAUUUGGCAAAGAAGUAUCUUUGGAAUGGACUCUUUAAUUUAUAUGAAUCAGAGUCAAUGUAUGAAGACACAUUUACUUUCUAUGGAGCUGCAAGAGCAGAAGCAGAUAUAGGUUCACCAAAACUGCAGGAAAUCCUUCAGUCAAGUAUAAAAUGCAACUCAUGUGAUGACCUCAAAGCAGAAUUCAUUUUUCACACAACAUACCAUCAACUCAAGAUAGAAGAACAUUACAAAACAUUGUGUGAAAACAUGAACUCAAAGCAUGCUCAAGCUGGAACAACAAAUGACUCAACUGAAGAUGAAACAGUGGAAUUUGGACGAUUGUUUUACUUAUCUAUUCCACCCUCUGCUUACUCAAAAACAGCUGAGUUAAUUGACAAGUAUUGUAGACCCCAAGCACCUACUUGGUUUAGGAUUAUCAUUGAGAAACCAUUUGGACAUGAUAAGAAAUCCUCUGUUGAACUUGCAGAGCAACUAGUCAAGUAUUUCAAAGAUGAGGAAAUGUUUCGAAUCGAUCACUACCUUGGGAAAUCUAUUGCAAAGCAAAUAUUACCCUUCAGGUUUCAUAAUACAAAGAACUAUGAUCAUAUAUGGAAUAGGGAUCACAUAGAGAAAAUCGAAAUAAUGAUGAAGGAAGAGGUUGAUGUUAAAGGUAGAGUGAAUUUUUAUGAUGAGUGUGGUGUGAUACGUGAUGUGAUGCAGAACCACCUCACAGAAUUGCUUGUACUUGUUACCAUGGAGCUUCCAAAGAAUAUAAACAACAUAACAGAGAUUCAACAAAGAAAACUUCAACUGUUGCAACAGGUCAGCCCAGUGAAACCCAAACAGGUGUUACUUGGACAGUAUGCCAGUUAUCAAUCAGAGCUCAUAGCAUCAGCUGCAAGUGAACAUGUGGCAAGUAAAACUCCAACAUUUGCUGCAAGUUUAGUAAAUAUUGAUAAUGCACGUUGGAAAGGUGUACCAAUUCUCUUAGUGGCAGGUAAGAAACUCCAUGAACGUGCAAGCUACAUUAAAAUCACUUUCAAGAGGCAGAUCGUGUGCUUUGAAGACGGUGAUUCAUGGGACAAUACCAAGUGUUCUCCUUAUCAGCAGAUGCUAUUUAAUAUAGGAGGCGGGAGUAUUGGUAUACCAGCUAUUGUCAUCUCCCAGUCUCUUCCUUACCCAACAGCAGUGGCCGAAUGGACAAAUUCACAACAAGUGGACUAUUUCAAACAACCUGGUAACUCUUUUAAUGCGUUCACUGCUAAGACUGAUAUUGAUGCAUAUAGUUCACUCAUUUCUGAAGUGUAUAAAAAUAACAAACAAUAUUUUGUUGGGACUGACCAGCUCUUGGCAUCAUGGGAUAUAUGGACUCCUUUGUUGAAUGAUUUACACAACAUACCAUUACAAGAGUAUUCAGGAUGGGACGAGGACACAGAUAUAUUAAAAUUUCAACAUGCUAAAAACCAAUUGAAGUUUUUCACCGAAAAACAUAAAAGAUUUGAAGCGACAGAAAUUCCUUCCAGUAAUUCAGAUAUGCAGAGUAUUCCAGCUACAUUCCGUGGGAGAAAGCUCAUUGUGUCUCCCAAGUCUGAACUUAUUGAGAAGUUAGCAGAUCAUAUUCUUGAUAUUGCUUCUAGGAGUAUAGACUCAAAGGGAAACUUUCACUUAGCUCUAUCUGGAGGAUCAAGCCCCAUUGAAUUGAUGCAGCAUAUGGCUGAACAUGCUCAGGAUUUUCCAUGGCACAAGACUCACAUCUGGUUGGUAGAUGAACGUUGUCUACCACUGACACAGGAACAUUCCAACUUUUAUAGUAUACACACUCAUCUUAUCAAACACAUCGAAAUCCCAUAUUUCAAUAUUCAUCCCAUGCCUGUUGAGUUAAACAAUGGACUAUGCAUUUCAAAUGACAAUGGGAAUGCAAUGUAUGAGAAAACACUUAACAAAGAAACAGACGGAAUAUUAGACUAUAUUUUGCUUGGUGUUGGCCAGGACGGCCACACUGCUUCAUUAUUUCCCAAUCAACCGUCCUUAGAGAUGGAUGACAAGGGUGUAGCUUUAACACAAGGAGGCUCAAAUGAAACAUCAGUGAACAGGAUGUCAUUGACAUUCAACACAAUCAAUAAUGCAAAACAUGUAUCUGUCUUAAUAGUAGGAGGACACAAGCAUGACAUUCUACACAAAAUUUCAAACACUGACAAUCAGAAGCUGUUUCCAAUUACCGGUGUGUCACCAGAUGAUGGGACAAUGGCGUGGUUUGUCGAUACAGAUGCAUAUCUGAAUCACUAACAAAAAGGUGUCUAAUAUUCUUCGAAAUAAGACAAUGACAGAAUACAGGUAUGAUAAAGUAGAAGUGUAAAUUUCGACAAUCAAAACAUAGACCCCUGUGAAUCUUAAUAUUGAUUUACUUAAAUCUGCUAGAUAAGUGUGUUCGAUGUGUAAGUGACUUGGCAAAGAUAAAUUACGUUUUCCAUUGAGACAUGCUCACCCAAAUCAUUCACAUAAGCUGCUUCAGAAUUAUGGGCCAUCUGUCUUUUCCACUAUUCGAAUGAUUAUACAUAGCUUUCAUACAAGCCUUGUAUGCAAUAAAUGUAUGUUAAUGUGCCAAAAUGUCAAUGUUCUUUCAAUGAAACUAAUGGAACACAAAAUAUAUGAGCCAGGCCACAGGAAAAGGGGUCUUAUCACAGAUUUUUUCAAUAUUCUGAUUUUUUGUUUA